AUGAAUAGUAAUAGCUUCGAAAAUUUUAUUCAGUAUAAUACUGCUGAAAAUUCUGUUAGUGUUCCAUUUGGUCGUGUUGCAGAAUAUUAUCUUAAGAACCACCCUUUGCUUAAAAAUAUUCGUUUAAAAAGUCAGAGCCGAAAAAAAACCCCUGAAUUAAUUAAAGAAGAGCUUAUUUUAGUUGAACGUGUUGAGGGAGCUGUUGACUUUAUUGAAUGGAGAACAAAAACUGGUCAAACAAAGUCAACAAAUCGAAUUGAUGACAUAAUCAAAUUAACAGAAAAAGGCGAAGAAUUAGUUAGACAAAUUGAAGCAGGUGUAAAAAAAGAUAAAUUAUGUUGGCAAUGGGUGAUGUAUUGUGCGGGAGAUGGUAAUUCUUGUCAACGUGAAUGUGGUGAAAUUGGCAAGUGUAUGGAAGGUUGCCAAAAUGAAAUGUUACCAAAUAAUCUAAAAAAUGGUAACGAUAUGCAUCUUUGUAAACUGCGAAUUGUUUCAGAAGUAUAUUUGUCUCAAAUCAAUAAUUCAAAUCCCCUUAAAAUAAAAGUAUUAAAUUCUCAUUUGUCAUCUAAUAUUCUUAUGACUCAUACACCACAAAUUGAUCGGUUGAGUUUAACUCGGCAAGUACGUGAUAAUAUCAUAAUUAAUCGUAGAGCAGAUCACAAAACAACUAAAAAUAUUAAAGCUAAAAUGUUAGCUCCGUACAAUGGUGCAAAUGAAGAAGUUUUACGAGAAGCAUUACAUAAUCAAAAAGAAAUAUGUGAUGAUAAAAAAUUGUAUAGAUUUUUAAUACGUGAUGAUAGACGGACUAAAGAAAGUACAGGUCCAUGGACAAUCUUGCAUUAUUUAAUUAAUGAAAUCCUUAAACCAAAAGGAUAUAUUCUUUAUUAUCAACAACCUGAUUUAUCUGCAGAAACAAGUUCUGAGCAUUUUUAUCAAUUAACAUUAUCAGACCAAUUAUGGUUAAAAAAUGCUCAAAGGUAUGGAAGACACUGUAUUGGAGUUGAUAGUAAGUACGAUUUAAACAAUGAUCGUGCACCAGUACUUGCAAUUGUAGCUGAAAAUAGUGCAGGGUUUGGCACUCCAUUGGCAUUUGGUUUAUCUAAUAAGGAAAAUAAUUGGACGACCAGUAUUGCAUUAAUGUCAUUAAAAAAUAAUGUACCAUGCAAUAAUCCAGACUGCGAACAUAAAUGGUAUUAUGAGGAUUUACCAAAUGGAAAGGGUUUUAAAAGAAUUACAGAAUGUGCAAAAAAUCAUAGUUGGAUUCCAUUGGUAAUGAUGGAUAAACAUCGACCUACUAAAAUAGCCACUGAAAAGGUAUUGGAUCGUACGAUCUUAUGCUGGUUUCAUGUUAUGCAAACAUUUGGCGAAAAUUUAAAUAAUUGGAAUAUAUCAUGGCCAUUACGUGGCACUAAAACAGUAGUUAAUUUUGUUGAAAGAUUAUAUGGUAUUCGGCUAUUUCGGGAAAAUUUAACAAAUGAAUGUGGUCAGUCAAACUUUGAAGCUGGACUUGCAACAGUAUUUGAUAUGCAAACAAUUGAACAGGAAACGCAAGCCGCACAUCUAGCAUCAGACAAAUUGCGUAGAUUAAAUCAUGGGAAACUAUUAUUCCUGUUAGGUUAUGUUGAAUUUGCUGGUGUUGAUAAUUAUUUUUACUUAAAAAAAGGAAAUUAUCCUUUUACAAUAGAAACAUCGUAUAAUGAUGAAUUAAUUAACUUGGAUCGUAAUGGUUUGAAUUUAUUAAUGCCAUUACAUAAUAAAUUAAUGGAACAGCAUUUAAGCAAGGUUCCAAAUCAUCAUGAUCAUUCCGAAUAUUACUUAAUUAACAUAAAGACUGGAGAAUGUACGUGUUUUGAUUAUAUCUGGAACGGACCUUUUAGAGAUACUUGCAAGCAUUGUCAUGCUGCAUUAAUUUAUCAAGAAGCAAUCAAGUCUUCCGAUAUGUUACUUUUUAAACAAGAGAUUAAAAAGGAAUUAGUACAAUAUUUUAAAAAUAAGCAGAGAGUAUUGCCCGUGGAAUCAAAAAAUAUUUCAAUAUACAAUGAAGACAUCGAAACUGCUUACUUGGAAAUUGUUAAUUUAUAUAACACAAAUGGUUUGGCAAUAUUCAAAUCAUAUUCCCGACCAAAUGAAAAUAAUAAUGAUCCAUUUCGGCCUGUAGAACUAAAUAAUUAUAAAAGUAACAAUGGGGCUCCUCCAAAAUCAUCGGCAAAACCAAGAAAACCAAGUAGAAUCCUUAAAGAUACUGAUCGGAAUACACCAUUUUCUGAACAAACAAGAAGCACAAAAAGAAUUAGGAAAAAUAUUCGUAAUGCUAAGGAAAACAUUAAAGGCAUAGAAAAUCCAUAUGAACCUUUAAUUACAUCACCCUUUCAAAAUGCUCAACCAACAAUUAUGCAAUCUUAUUCGCAAAAUAAUUAUAUCCACUCUUUAUUACCCAUUUCACAAUCAAUACAAACUCCUAUAGAUUCUUCUUAUGUAUAUCCUACAAAUUUACCAAUUUCGUUUCCUAGCACUACACCAUACUAUUCAAAUUCUUCAGUGCAAUUAAAUAAUUGCCCACCAACCCAAAAUUCAUAUUCUUUUACGCCAUACCUUGCAAAUGUUAACUCCUAUUCUGAAUCUACACAUAAUAAUAUGACGUCCAGUACACCUAUGCCAAAUUUUUCAAGUUCUGAUAGUAGACAACAAGAAAAUAGACUAUAUUAUUAUGUUUAA